AACACACCUCUUCCUCCAAACCAACUUUUUACACGCCAUGGCUGCACGCAACGCUCUCUGCUUGUCCUUGUUGAUUCUCUUGCUCGCCGUCGUCAAUGUCCAUGCACACUUUAAGCUGGACUCUCCGGCUGCCCGUGGCACCGUGGAGGACAAGGAGAUAAUGGCCCCGUGUGGUGGAUUCGACACUCUCCAAAACCCGAGAAACCCUCUACCGCUCACUGGCGCCAAGGUUUCUAUUACCGCACUGCAUCCCGAUGCCACUGCAAACUUUUACUUGAUCCUAUCGUCCAAUCCCACUGCGAAUGAUUUCUCCUCAAACUCGACUACGCGGAAGCAAAUAGCUCCUACAGCUACUGGUAUCAAAAUUGGCUCCUACUCCGCGGACAUUGAUCUUUCAAAGAUUCCAGAAGCAAAGGAAGGCGUUCAGGCUACUCUGCAAGUGACUUUUGAUGGAGGAGAUGGACUUUUGUUCCAGUGUUCGGAUGUAGUUUUGGGAGCGGCCACUGCUCAAACGCAAGGCAGUAAGAGUGCCGCUGAUCGUAUGAGCACGGCACGGGGAUGGAUUUUCGCGUUAGUUGCAUUCGCUGUUCUCUUGGUGUAAAUAUCUGUAUCAAAACCCUGUGACAUUUGAAAGUUGAAAUAGUUUUUGUACAAUAAGAAUGAAGUCUGAUAUGCCUCAUUACUUCUGC